GCAGCUCAGCCCCUGCUGCCCCCGCACCUCCUCCAGCUCACGACCAGCCUCCCACCUCCACACGCUCCUCCACAGCCGCCUCCCCUCUCGGCCUCACAGGAUGGGGGAGAGUCGGGCCUGCCCUGGAGUAGGCUGUGGCUGGAGGGAGUCCUGGCUGGUGGCCCUCUCCCAGAGCAUGGACCCUGCCUCCUCCCCAGCUGUAGGCUGUUGCCUCUUACACGCGUGUUCGCUGGAGCAGCACUGUAAUUUCCUUCCAGGACCUCUUGGCGGUCACAGCGUGCUCACUGUUUGGCCGAGAGGCCUCGCUUCCGGCUUCUCUUGGCGUUGGACAAGCCCCCUCCCCCUUGCGGGUCGCUUCUGCUUUUGGUGUGAAGUUUGUGGCCGUCACCAUGUUCUGGAAGUUCGACUUGAACACCACGUCCCAUGUCGACAAGCUGCUGGAUAAGGAGGACGUGACGCUGCGGGAGUUAAUGGACGAAGAUGACAUCUUACAGGAGUGCAAGGCCCAGAACCGGAAGCUGCUGGACUUCCUGUGUCGGCCACAGUGUAUGGAGGAGCUGGUGAGCCUCAUCACACAGGACCCGCCCCUGGACAUGGACGAGAAGGUCCGCUUCAAGUACCCGAACACGGCCUGUGAGCUGCUGACAUGCGACGUGCCGCAGAUCAACGACAGACUGGGUGGGGACGAGACUCUGCUGAACCUCCUCUACGACUUCCUAGACCACGAGCCGCCUCUCAAUCCUCUGCUCGCCAGUUUUUUCAGCAAGACCAUCGGCAGUCUCAUUGCAAGAAAGACGGAACAGGUGAUCGUGUUCCUGAAGAGGAAGGACACGUUCAUCAGCCUGGUCCUGAAGCACAUCGGCACCUCGGCCCUCAUGGACCUGCUGCUUCGCCUGGUCAGCUGUGUGGAGCCAGCUGGGCUCCGGCAGGAAGUCCUGCAGUGGCUCAGUGAAGAGAGGGUCAUCCAGAGACUCGUGGAGUUGAUCCACCCCCGGGAGGAUGAAGACAGGCAGUCCAACGCUUCCCAGACGCUCUGUGACAUCGUCCGGCUGGGCAGGGAGCAGGGCGGCCAGCUGCCCGAGGCCCUGGAGCCGGACCCCCUCCUCGCAGUGCUGGAGUCGCAGGACUGCGUGGAGCAGCUUCUGAGGAACAUGUUUGACGGGGACCAGACGGAGAGCUGCCUCGUCAGCGGGACGCAGGUGCUGCUGACCUUGCUGGAAGCCAGGCGGGCUGGGACAGAGGGCCUGGUGGACGCCUUUGCUCAGGGAUUGGAGAGGCUGUGCCCCAUCAGCCGCAGCGUCCUGCAUGGCAUCGAGCCCAGGCUGAAGGACUUCCACCAGCUCCUGCUCCACCCGCCAAAGAAACCGGCAAUCCUGACCACCAUCGGCGUCCUGGAGGAGCCCCUCGGGAACGCCCGCCUGCACGGCGCCCGCCUCAUGGCUGCCCUGCUGCACACCAACACGCCCAGCAUCAACCAGGAGCUCUGCCGGCUCAACACCAUGGGCUUGCUGCUGGACCUGUUUUUCAAGUACACCUGGAAUAACUUUCUGCACCUCCAAGUGGAACUGUGCGUGGCUGCGAUUCUCUCCCACGCCCCGCGGGAGGACAGUGCUGUGGCCGGCGGCCCCGAGAGAGGAGACUCGGAGAGCCCGCUGCCUGCUGCCAGCCAUGCCGAGAGCACGAUGGUGGCCCACCUAUUCCAGAAGUGCUGCCUGGUCCAGAGGAUCCUGGAGGCCUGGGAGGCCAAUGACCACACACAGGCAGCAGGUGGCAUGAGGCGUGGGAACAUGGGCCACCUCACCCGGAUCGCCAACGCGGUCGUGCGGAACCUGGAGAGGGGUGCCAUGCAGACGCCCGUCAGCGAGGUUAUCCAAGGGCUGCCUGCGGAUUGCCGUGGGCGCUGGGAGAGCUUCGUGGAGGAGACGCUGACGGAGACCAACCGCAGGAACGCUGUGGACCUGGUAAGCACCCACCUCCACCCCUCGAGUGAGGAUGAGGACAUGGAGGGCGUGUUCCCUAACGAGCUGUCCCUGCAGCAGGCCUUCUCCGAGUACCAGGUCCAGCAGAUGACGGCCACAUUCGUGGACCAGUUUGGCUUCAACGAUGAGGAGUUUGCAGACCAGGACGACAGCGUCAACGCUCCCUUCGACAGGAUCGCAGAGAUCAACUUCCACAUCGACGCCGACGAGGACAGCGUGAGUCUCCUCUGUCUGCGGGCGGUGGACAGACAUGGCGGUGGGUGGGCAGCGGGGGCCAGGCCUCGGGCUGUGAACACGUGGCUCCCACAGCCCAGCGCGGCUCUGUUUGAGGCCUGCUGCGGGGACCACAUCCAGCCCUUUGACGACGAUGAAGACGAUGACAUCUGGGAGGACAAGGAGACCCAGUGUGCCGCCCGGGGCCUGGGCAGAGCCAGGUUCGGGGGCCCGCCCGCACCAGAGGGCUGCCUGGAGAAGGGCCUGGCGAGUGGAGACCGGGAAGGGGCGGAAGCCAACCGGGAUGUGGCUCCCGCAGAGGCUCCUCAGGCCGCUGCCCAAAAGGCCGGUCCUCGUGUGGAAGGUGGCUCGGAAGGUGCCACGUGGACGGCGUUUGAUGAGCCGGCGAGCCCGACCGCCGCCGCCCCUGGAGUGGCGAUGGACGUAGGCUCCAGUGUGUGGGCAGCCAGGGCCCCCAGCACCGCGGCUCUGGAGGAGAAAGGCUGGGCCAAGUUCCCCGACUUCCAGCCCUUCUGCUGCUCCGAGUCGGGGCCCAGGUGCAGCUCCCCGGUGGACAUAGGACCCGGCGAUGCCCAGGGCAGCCUGAGCCAGGCCCCAGAGAGAACCGUUGGCCCCGCCUCCCCGUGUGCCUGGAAUGUGUGUGUCUCCAGGGACGCCCCUCUGGUAGCCUCCAGCAGUGACGAGGACGAGCAGAAGGUGGCUGUCGCCUCCGAGGCUAUCAGUAUGGGUCCCGGCCAGGAGGCCCCCUCACUGCCCACGCCCGUCCCCAGGGCUGCCAGCACGCUGCCAGGUCCCACCUCCUCUGCACCUGCAGAAGCCACCUCCACCCUGGCGGGGGCUGUCGCCCCCAAGGCAGCCUCCACAGCUGUGAGCAAGGCCAGUCCUGCCCCAGCCCCCACAGGGGUGCUGGCUGUGGCAGUGCCCCCAGGGCCGUUGGUGGCCGUCACAACCACAGCUGCAGCCAGCCCAGCUGUUGCCACAGUGGCCGUUCUGGGGACAGUGACAAAGGACAGGAAGACGGCUGCCCCACCACCUGCAGGAGCCGCCUCCAAUGGCCCUGUGUGAUGCUGCCACCCAGGCAGGGCGCGCCCUUAAUCGAAAACCUACCUGGUGAUGCAAUUUGUCUUUUUUAAUUUAAUUUAAUUUUAAAAUAAAUGCUGCAUUGGUAAAGCUGGCAGUUGGACCCAGUCGGACGGCCCAGCUCGCGUCGCUCCUGCCUGACCCCAUGCACAGCAAUAAGUCUUCAGACAUGCGCUCUGCCUGCCAGAGCCCAGCCACCACCCUGGUGUCACAGGACUGAGGCGUGAUGGGCGCGGAUGCCACCGGCUGCCAGCCCGUUUUUACAGAUUUUUAAACAACGCAGAGAGCCGUGUUUGCACUUUGUAUCUGGCUGCAGUGAAGGGUCUCCCUGACUUGGGACAGAUGUAUGUCCAGGCCUGGGCUGGCCACACGGGUCUUAGCUGCCCAGGGGCCCUGGGAGCUGGCCUUUGAGCCAGGAUGCAAAAUUUGACUGCCUUAAAAAUACCGAGACCCUCACAGCCCGGCAGGGGUAGCCCGGCCCUGGCACUCUGGUGCGUUUGGGCACCUGGCAAGAGCUGGCCAUGGGCAUGCAGGAGGGGUCAUGCAGGAGGGGCGGGGGCAGAGACUGGCCCCAGCAGUGCUGGAUGGGUGGGGCCAGUGCCAUCGUCCAGGAAGGCCUGUAGAUACAGCGUGUGAUGCCGAGUCCAUUUUUAAUGUUCUGAUCUCUGACAGGGCACCCAAACCCUAACACCCAAUAAAGUUGUGUUAUUCUUAC